AAGUGAACUACCUCAACUCCAACUGCUUGUGAACCUUUCAUCGUCCAAGCCCUCACUCGGAGCCCUUUCCACCCACUUCCACCAUCCCUCUCCAUCCACUACCACACCCCUCAUCACCGCAACAAUGGCCACGACCAACGGCAGCCCCGCCAAACGCAGCCGCGUCUGGUUCGACAUCGCCAUUGGCGGCGCUCCCGCCCGCAAAGUGGUCUUUGAGCUCUACAACGACAUCGUGCCCAAGACAGCCGAGAACUUCCGCGCAUUGUGCACCGGGGAGAAAGGGACGGGCACGCAAGGCGUUCCGCUGAGCUUCAAAGGCUCCGCCUUCCACCGUGUCAUCAAGAACUUCAUGAUCCAGGGCGGCGACUUCACCGCUGGCAACGGCACGGGCGGCGAGAGCAUCUACGGCGAGAAGUUUGAGGACGAGAACUUCGAGCUGAAGCAUGAGAAGCCUUUCCUCCUGUCUAUGGCCAAUGCCGGCCCCGCGACCAACGGCUCGCAGUUCUUCGUCACCACCGUGCCCACCCCGCAUCUCGAUGGCAAGCAUGUGGUUUUCGGCGAAGUGUUGGCGGGCAAGAGCGUGGUGAGGCAGGUGGAGAAUACGCCUGUCGGGGCAAACGACAAGCCGGAGAAAGAGUGCGUGAUUGCGGACUGCGGCGAAUUGCCCGCGGACGCAGACAUCGAUGCCUUCACGCAAAAGACACCGGACAGCACGGGCGAUACGUUCGAGGACUACCCGGAAGACCAAAUCGAGCGCGGGCAAGAGUGGGAGGGCAAGCAGAUUGCAGACAUUGCGGCACAGCUGAAGGAUAUGGGCGCGCAGGCGUUCAAGGGCGGGGAGUUGGCGCUGGCGUUGAGCAAGUACGAAAAGGCACUGCGAUAUCUGCACGAAUACCCUGCGCCGAAAGACGACGAUCCGCCUGAGCUUGGCCCGAAGCUCAACAAGCUCAAGAUUGCACUCUACAACAACUCCAGCUUGCUGCUGUACAAGCUGCAGCGGUACGCGGCCUCGCUGCACGAGGCGGACAAGACGCUGGGCGUGGCAGGCCUUACCGACGCGGAGAAGGGCAAGGCAUUGUAUCGCAAGGGCGUGGCGGCGAGUCAGUUGAAGAACGAAGACGAUGCGCUCGAGUUUCUGGAGCAGGCGCGGAAGCUGGUGCCGGGCGAUGCGGCCGUGGGGAAUGAGCUGGCGGCGGUGAAGAAGGCGGCGGCGGAGCGCAAGACGAAGGAGCGCAAGGCGUAUUCGAAGAUGUUCCUGGACUGAUGGGCUGCAUCGGAGGGCGGGGCUUUGCUGUGCGUUUGAGCGAUGAUCUGAGGAGGCGUUUGCACUAUAGCUAUAGAGGAAGUGAAAGAGAGGAGAGCAAUGGGAGAGUAGUGUAUAUCGUCGUGUGUGUAACUGCCCAAUGAGGCAACUUCCGCGGCGCCAGAUGACCUCAUCCCCCCAAGCCCUCCGGCAGCUGCUCGCCUUACCACGAACCAUGAC